GGUGUGUGACAGGAAACAGUCCAGACCUGCCGAGAACGUCAAGUGAAUUGAACGUUAGCUAGCUCGGUUAUUGAAUACAAAUUGUCAAAAUGCCGGAGUUAGCAGUAGAGAGAGUAGUAGUCCACCCCCUUGUUCUGCUCAGUGUGGUUGAUCAUUUUAACAGAAUCGGAAAGGUUGGAAGUCAGAAACGUGUUGUGGGUGUUCUUCUCGGGUCAUGGCAGAAGAAGAUUCUUGACGUGUCCAACAGUUUUGCAGUGCCUUUUGAUGAGGAUGACAAAGAUGACUCUGUGUGGUUCCUGGAUCAUGAUUACUUGGAAAAUAUGUAUGGAAUGUUCAAGAAAGUUAAUGCCAGGGAAAGGAUAGUUGGAUGGUAUCACACCGGUCCAAAACUGCACAAGAACGACAUUGCCAUCAAUGAACUCAUGAAGCAGUACUGCUCCAACUCUGUGCUGGUUAUCAUUGAUGUGAAGCCUAAAGACUUGGGUCUACCCACUGAGGCCUACAUCUCUGUGGAAGAAGUUCAUGAUGAUGGAACUCCCACCUCAAAGACGUUUGAGCAUGUGACUAGUGAAAUUGGAGCAGAAGAGGCAGAGGAAGUUGGCGUGGAGCACUUGCUCAGAGAUAUCAAGGACACAACAGUUGGCACACUGUCACAGCGCAUCACCAACCAAGUGCACGGCCUGAAGGGCCUGAACUCCAAACUGUUGGACAUCAAGAGCUACCUGGAGAAGGUGGCCUCGGGCAAGCUGCCCAUCAACCACCAGAUCAUCUACCAGCUGCAGGACGUCUUCAACCUGCUGCCAGACGUGAACCUGCAGGAGUUCAUCAAGGCCUUCUAUCUGAAGACCAACGACCAGAUGUUGGUGGUCUACCUGGCCUCUCUCAUCCGCUCUGUGGUCGCCCUCCACAACCUCAUCAACAACAAAAUAGCCAACCGUGACGCGGAGAAGAAGGAGGGCCAGGAGAAGGAUGACGCCAAGAAGGAGAAGAAGGAAGACAAGGAAAAGGAGAAGGAGAAGGACAAGGACAAAGAGAAGGGAGAUGCCUCAGCCAAGAAAGAGGAGAAAAAGGAAAAGAAAUGAACUUGAUGCUUAACAGAGCAUGGACUCAAACACUCUCGACAAAAGUUGAGAAUUUUUUUUGUUUGUUUUUUUCUUUGGUACCCUAUCCCUGUUUGUAUGUACAGGAGUGGCUGGGCGUUGUAUUUAUCUUUUCGAUAAAGAGGACUCCAUAACCUCUGUUUGGAUUAAACGAGUCAAGGGAAUCCCA